AUGGACCCAGAAGACUAUGAGAAGUACAUGCUGGAAGCGGCUAUUGCGGCCUCGCUUCGCGACCAUCAGAACGAGAACCGCGAGGCCUCGUCACGGUCGUCUCAUGACCAAAGUUGUACAGAUCAAGAUGUUCUGAAGAAGGAUCCUCAGCGACCAAAUGAUUCGAAAUCUUCCAACCAUCUAAGUGCAGCAUCUCAGUCGUCUCAGUCGUCCCAACCUCAUGUCGUGGACCUCACCAAUGACUCUGACGGGGACUCCGACUUUCAGGAAAUCUUCCCAAAGUCCAAGUCAGUGAUCGGCUCUGAUACCGAUGAGACCGUCGGAGCUGGAGAGAACGAUAGUGGAGAUGAAGAUCUCGAGCGAGCACUUGCCCUGUCCCUUGAGGGCGUUCAUCAUGGGGACAAAGCCUCUGGUCCUCGGAAGCCCGCGCCUCCCCCGAAGCCCAUCGAGGCCCCCAAGGCCUCUGAGACCUCCAAUCUCACGGGACUUCUUGGUAUUGAUCGAAAGCAGAUGGAGCAGGAGAGGCUUGCUCGCUUGGCGAAGCGCAAGGCCGACAGCUCCCCCCUGUCUACCGAGGCAGCUCCAAAGGCUCCCAAGGCUCCCAGAAUCGCCGACCCCAAGCCCGCACCGAAGCUUCAGGCUUCCUCAUCUCAGGUAGCGCCGUCAUCGCGGGUAGUUCCAGAGUCUGAUGUCUGCGAUCCGCCUGCGACCCUCGGCCCGAGUAUUCGGGUCCAGCCAACCGCCCGAUCAGUCCUCCAGUAUCCAUUCGGGACGGUGAAAAAGACUCAUGUGGCUAAUACCCCACGCACUGGUGAUGAUAUCACUAUCGAAGAGGUGAUUCAGCGAGGCGACUUGAAUGUUGCAGUGCUGAGUUCAUUUCUGUGGGAUAUUGAAUGGUUGCUCUCGAAGUUUGAUUCACACAAAACUAGGUUCAUUCUUGUGAUGGGCGCGAAGGAGGAAGCUCGACGCAAACAAUACCGAGAGGAAACAGCCUCGAUGCCUACUCUUGAUUUGUGCUUCCCGCCUAUGGAACCCCAGGUCAACAACAUGCAUUCGAAGCUCAUGCUGUUUUUCCACCCCGAGUAUCUUCGUAUCGCAGUUCCUACUGCAAACCUCACUCGCACUGAUUGGGGUGAAAAUGGCUUGAUGGAAAAUGCAAGUACCGUUUUCUUGAUCGAUCUGCCCAGAAUUGACCCCGGUACAAAGGUCAACGAGUCCAACACCAUGUUCAAAGAAGAGUUGAUCUACUUUCUGAAGGAAUCCAAGCUGCGUGAUGAUGCUGUUCGAUCGCUAGAAACUUUUGAUUUUAGCAAGACUGCACGCUAUGCAUUUGUGCACACCAUUGGUGGAUCUCGAACCGGUGAUUCCUGGAAGCGGACUGGGUACUGUGGACUGGGCCGCGCCGUGACAAAGUUGGGUUUGCAGCCAUCUGGACCGGUCAACAUUGACUAUGUGGCUUCUUCCAUCGGUUCGUUGACCGACGAAUUCCUUCGCGCCAUUUAUCUCGCUGCCAAAGGCGACGAUGGCCUCAUGGACUACACCCUUCGCAACACCCGGGGAUCGAGCGCCCAGACCAAUGACCUGCAGCGUAAGCAGAUGCUCAAAGAGGGCCAGGAAUGGCAGAACCGCUUCCACGUCUAUUUUCCUUCAGACCAGACUGUGCGUCUCGCCCAUUAUGACCCUGAUCAGACUGCAGGGACCGUCUGCUUCUCGUCACGCUGGUGGCUUGGCGCAAAAUUCCCACGCGGUAUUUUGAAGGAUUGUGAGAGUAAGCGGGGAGUCUUGAUGCAUAACAAGAUCAUGUAUGUCUGGCCUUCGGAGUCCUCUCAGCUCUCGGAUAGCAAUGAAUACAAGGGGUGGGCGUAUGUCGGAAGUGCAAAUAUCUCUGAGAGUGCCUGGGGUCGCCUGGUCAAGGAUCGCUCCAAUGGCCAGCCUAAGCUCAAUUGCCGCAACUGGGAGUGUGGCGUGUUGGUGCCCAUCACUGGCCCUGGCCACCGCUCGGACUCCCAGGCAAGUGACACCACCACUGUGACAAUGAAGAGUGACACCAGUGGUGCUCACGGUGUCCAGUCACAAGCACAGCAGCUCCCAGUCAAUGUCUUCCAAGACACCGUGCCCGUUCCGAUGAAGCUUCCCGCCGCGGAUCUGACUGAGAGCCGUGCUCCCUGGUUCUUCGCGGGCUGA